AUGUUCCGCCCGCAGCAAGAACAACGCCAGCCAUCUUGCCACCAACAAGCAGAGGGAACCUGCACAGAUUCCGACGGGAGUGAAUAUACUAAAGCCCCAGGUGCCCCCCUGACCUUGCACGACAUGCAAACCAUGCUCAGGGCAGCCAUUGCGGACAUCAAGUCAUACAUGGCAACGGAACUUGACAAAAAACUCUCAGGCCUCAGAGAAGACAUAGAAUCCCUGACAAACAAGGCCGACCACACAAAGACACACAUAAAAGACCUUACCACCACCUCCCAAGCACACACACAAGAUAUUACUUAUCUACACGCCAAAAUAGAAGCUUUGGAAGAAAGCCUCGAGGAUCUGAAUAACCGAUCCCGACGAAAUAACAUUCGGAACCAGGGCCUUCCUGAGUCGGUCACAGCAGAAGGCCUACAUACCACGCUUACAGGCCUGUUAAAGGCCGCCCUACCCAAAGCUACCGCACAAGACCUCCUCAUAGACCCAAGGGACGUCAUAGUCCGCCUACACUUUUUUGCGGUCAAAGAGAAGAUCCUCACUAUUACCAGAUCUACUCCGCCACAACACCAAGGGAUCCGCCUGGCCUUCUAUCAAGACCUGGCCCCCUCCACCUUGAAAAAACAUAGGGAUCUAAAACAACGAACACUCAACCAACAGGGCACAUGUGGGGCCACCCAUUUAAACUAA